UUUGUUUACACGGUAACUCCACAUGACAUCUGAUGCUGCUUCUUUGAGACUUGUCCCCCCGAGUUUCCGACACUGUUUUAAUCCUCGACAACGCCUAGCAAUAGCCUCAUCCUUCUGAUCGAUCAGACAUGACGGUGGCAGCCAAAUAUCUUCCCGCUGAUCUCGUCUCUGACAUCCUCUCUAGGCUGCCGCUAAAAUCUCUGGUCCGAUUCAGAGAAACUGAAGGAUCGGAAUCUAAAUUGUAUUCUUUCGGUGGUGGGCAUCAAGAAGAUUCUUUCAGAGUUGCUGUGGCGAUUGAUUGUCCUCUGAUCAGAGGAAAACCUUUCGAGAUCAAAACUGGUUGCUGCCAUGGCAUGCUCUGUUUAUCCAUUGAAGAUAACAUCCUUGUUUUAUGGAAUCCAUCUAUUGGGGACUGUAGGACAAUACCCCUCCCUGAGGAGAUUGGCGUCUGCGGGGGAGUAUGCGGGCUCGGUUUCGAUCCGAGCAUCGAUGAUUAUAAAGUGGUGAGUUUCUGCGAAAAACAAGUUUUUAUUUUUUCAAUGAAAACGAGCUUAUGGAGAAAUCUUGGUGAGUUACCUUACUCUCUUUUCUAUGAGGGGGUUCCUGCAAAUGGAUGUCUUUACUGGGCUGCUAGCAAGUCCCACACAUUCGCAGAUCGAAUUAUAUGUCUGAAUCUAUCAGACGAAACAUUUAGGGAGGUUUCUCCUCCUCCUUUUGAUCCAUCCAUUUCUCGGCCUAUUUGGUUUCAGGAAGAGGAUGAAUUUGUUGUAGUGGCUGAAUUGAACUUACUUCUUUGGGGGGAUUCGGUUUGUGUAUUUCGCCAAUAUGAACAAACACUGUGGGUAAUGAAGGAGGAGAAGGAAGAAAAUGGUGGGGUGAGAGUGAUUUGGACAAAAAUGAUGACCAUCCCCAAAAUCUCAAAUCAAGAAUCUCGUUUUCGAAUUUAUUAUCAUUUGCAUCCAAAAUGCUUCACCAAGAGUGGUAAACUUGUAGUCUCUGUGAUGCGCAAGUGGUUUGUGAUGUAUGACGGACAAAGAUAUCAUGACCUUCAUAUUGAAGGCCUCGGAGAUGGCCACUAUCAGAAGGCUAUUGUCUACACUGAAAGCCUAAUUUCACCUAACAGCAUUCGUGGGAUGAAUGAUAUAGACUGAGCUCCUUUGUCUUAGGCAACUAUAUGAGUUUUAUUAUGUUUUCUUUUGACCAAGUAUUUGAAGAUGUAGAACUUGCUGUUACUGCUGAAAGAUGUAAUAGGAUUUUGGAUGUUUCAUCUUCAUCUGCACCUUACAUUUUCAAUGCAAGAGUCUGCUGUAGCUACUGCCUGCCUGUAUCUUGCUCUGUAUGUAGCUUCUAUAAUCUGUAUGCUAUAAGCAUCUGCCUUUUCUUUUUCAAAAAAAAAAGCCCCCUAAAUUUAUUAGAAGA